AUGUAUCAAGUAGUGAAGAAGUUGAAGCUACUUAAGAAGAAGCUGAAGGUUCUGAAGUCACACUAUUCUCAUGAUAUUGUGAGAGAAGCAGAAGAAGACAGGAAGUUGCUUAAGCAAAGUCAGUUGAAACUUCAAAGGGAUCCCUCAAAUAAAGAGGUUCAACAGGCUGAAUUCUUGGGUUAUCAGAAAUUCAAAAUGUCUGCAUAUUUGGCAAAAAUGUAUCUACAACAAAGAAGUAAAUCUACGUGGAUUAAGCUAGGAGAUGAUAACAUACAAUAUUUCUACUCAAUUAUAAAGCACAGGAAGCUGAAACAAGCCACAAUGCAACUUAAGGAUGACACAUGCACAUGGCAAACUGAUCCAGGGACUAUUGCAAACUUGUUUGUGGAUUACUAUUCUGAACUAUUAGGAAGGAAGUCUACCUCUAGAGUCCAAGAUUUUACUAGCAUUCUAAAAAAUGGGCCCACUUUGUCAACUGCUCAACAUGUGGAGUUGCUAAUGCCAGUUGUGGAUAAGGAAGUUAAAGAGGCGGUGCUCCAUAUUGACAGUACCAAGAGCCCAGGACCAUAUGACUUUGGGAGUGGUUUCUAUAAGGUUGCUUGGCCUAUAGUGGGGCAGGAGAUCACAGAGGCAGUUAUAGAAUUUUUUCACAAUGGCAAGUUCCUCAAGCAACUCAAGUCUACAAUCAUAGCUCUUAUUCCUGUGAUAGUGUAG